CCCUCCAUGUCCCGCCUGAUAGUGAAGAAUCUCCCAUCCUAUGUUACGCCCGACCGCCUACGCAAGCACUUCGAGCAGAAGGGGGCGCCCCAUGGCGUGCUCACCGACGUCAAAGUCGCGAUGAAGCAGGACGGCACGUCUCGUCGAUUCGGCUUCGUGGGCUACAAGACUGAGCAGGAAGCUCAGGCGGCGAAGGAGUACUUCCAUAAGACUUUCAUUGACGCGACGCGUAUAUUUGUGGAUGCGGUCGAGGGCAUACAAGAGCGCCCGCGGAAGCGGAGGAAGCUUGAUGGUGAGGAGCAAGUGGCCCAGGAGCCGCCGAAGAAGGACGUGAAGAAGGGCAAGGAUGCGAAGGAGUCGAAGAAGAGCAAGCAACUUGACGAAUACCUCGAACUCACGCGUCCGCGCGCUGCAAAGGGUCCCGCAUGGGCUGACGGCCAAGAGGCGCCUCAGCCAGCAGCACCUGUCGCGCCCGGUACACCUGCAGAGGAGGAAGAGGCGAUGGAAGAGGAUCCGAAGGACGAGGGCGCGUCCGAUCUCGACUGGCUGAAGAAGCAUAUGUCGAAGGACGUCGACACUGCCGGUCGAGCAUUCGAGCAGUCCGAUGAUGAAGAGGAUGCACAGCAGAAGUCCAACGAACCAAACGACUACGCCGAACCUCCCGAAGACCCCACCAUCGCCUCCAUCAAGCAGACGUCGCGCCUCUUCGUCCGCAACCUCGCCUUCUCAUGCACGACCGACGACCUCACGGAGCUCUUCUCGCCUUUGGGCGCACUAUCUCAGGUCCAUAUACCCGUUGACGCGAUGACGAAGCAAAGCAAGGGGAUGGCGUACGUUACGUUCGUCAACCCCGAGGAUGCUGUGAAGGCGUACCAGAUGUUGGACAAGAAGUCUUUCCAAGGACGGAUACUGCACCUAUUGCCCGCCGUCGACCGAAGACCGAAGGCGGAGGAUGUCACGGACAAGAAGAGGACCGUGAAGGACGAGAAGCAGGCGCAGCGGAAGGCGCUUGCUGGGAAGGAGUUUAACUGGAGUAUGCUGUAUAUGAACAGCGAUGCAGUCGCAUCUUCCAUCGCCGACCGCAUGAACAUCGCCAAGGCGUCCAUUCUCAACCCUGAGGAGUCCGACAACGCCGCUGUCCGGCUCGCCCUCGCCGAGACGCAUAUCAUCCAGGAGACGAAGUCCUAUCUGGAAUCGCAGGGCGUCAAUCUCACAUCUUUCUCCACCAAACAGCGCUCCGAUACCGCCAUCCUCGUGAAGAACAUACCCUACGGCACCUCCGAGGCGCAGAUUCACGAGCUCUUCGAGCCGAGCGGGGCGCUCUCGCGCGUCAUCGUGCCACCCGCUGGCACCAUCGCCAUCGUCGACUUCGAGAACCCGGCCGAUGCGCAGAAGGCGUUCCGCGCAGUCGCGUAUCGGCGCCUGGGCAACUCCGUCGUCUACCUGGAGAAGGGCCCAGCUGGCAUCUUCGACGGCGCACCCGCCCCUGCGCCCACCUCCGCCGCGCAGGACUCCGAGGACGGCGAGGACGAGCCCGCGCUCGCGGCGGGCACGACUUUGUUCGUGAAGAACCUCUCGUUCGCGACGAGCGCCGAGCGCCUGACGCAGAUCUUUGGCGGGCUGCCCGGCUUCGCGUACGCGCGCGUGCAGACGAAGCCGGACCCGAAGCGCGCGGGCGGCCGCCUCAGCAUGGGCUACGGCUUCGUCGGCUUCAAGACCGCGGACGCUGCCAAAAGCGCGCUCAAGGGCAUGGCCGGCUUCGUCCUCGACGGGCACACGCUGCAGGUCAAGUUCGCGGGCCGCGGCGCGGAGGAGGACGACGUGACGCGGAAGGGCGCGAAGAGCGCGAAGAGCACGACGACGAAGAUGAUCGUGAAGAACGUGCCGUUCGAGGCGACGAAGAAGGACAUCCGCGAGCUCUUUGGCGCGCACGGGCAGCUCAAGUCCGUGCGGCUGCCACGCAAGUUCGACGCGAGAGCGCGCGGGUUCGCCUUCCUCGACUUUGUCACGCGGCAGGAGGCGGAGAACGCGAUGGCGGCGCUGAGGCAUACGCAUUUGCUGGGGCGGCAUCUGGUGCUGGAGUGGGCGGAGGAGGGCGAGCAGGAUAUAGAGGCGCUCAGGAAGAAGGCGGGUGUGGGCUUUGGGGAUGGAAAGGACCUGCCGAACAGGAAGCGCAAGCUGGAUAUGGCGAAGACCACGGAGGGGGAGGUAGAGGAAGAGGAAUAAUUGCUUGUAUCGCGUACUCAACACGAAGGAUGAUAAUACUGCCUGAGGUGGCCUGGAAAGCACAGAGAUGGAAAGCGCGGAAAC